CGCCAAACCGACGCCGGGGCGACUUCGCGCCGCUUCGGUUGCGUCGGUUGCGCAAGGCCACUCUCCGCGAGAAGCGUGCGAGCGACGCUGCCCAGCCGUCGCUGCUGCUCCCGGUGCUCUGCUCGAGGAUCUGAUCCAGGAGUGGGCAAGUGUCUUCGCCAGCUGUCCACGCGAGACGCAGCGACGUCCACUGCGCAACGCUCAUCCGGCUCCCGCUCGAGAAACUGCCACCGGUGCCCCACUUUGGACUGAUCCAGAACUGAGAGGUGUCCUCGGGACCUGCGCUACGCUGAACUUAAAAAGGCCCUCGGGAAUGCUGUCUGUGCAAGACACUGAUUUGACUCCAGCUUCAAUACCGCAAGCGUGACGAGAGAAAGCGAGGAAGAAAAAGAUAGCCAGCCGUGACAGCCUUGUGAUGAUCUACCAGCUGCUUCAUUCCUAUAGAAAAUCCUGACUGUGGGUAUCAGAGUGGAGAAGGUCUUCGAAGAGGACAUGGAUUACCACACCCUGUGCAUGAUGUGUGCUGUGCUUUGACUGCGCUUGUGUUGCUGCAGCCCGAGAAUUUCAGCGGUGAUAAGUGCAAGGAUCCACUGGACCCUUCAUUUGGCUUAAACAUGUUGCGAGAUGACAUUUAUACACAUACAGCAUGUGUAUACAUUGUUACGAUCUGACAUCUUCUAGACAAGCUUGUGGAUUCGCCUGAUCACAGAUCAAGAACCACACCCAAGGUCGCAAUUCUAGAUUCCAACAAGAGCUUCAUUUCAGCGCUGAAAAACCUUGCGUGUGGGCCUCGCCUGAGAAUCGGUGUCCCGUUUCGCGAAAAGCACCUCUGGCCACCGAAACCAAAGGCAUUUUGUUCGACCUGUGCAUUUGUCCUGUCACCAGUGCCAUUGUGCGCCGCUUCUCAUCGAAUGUGCGUGCCAGCCGCAGUUACUUGAACCACUCACCGUGAUAUGCAGCUACGGCCUGCUAUGUCUCUAACCAUCCAGCGUCUCUUCGCCUUAAUUGUCAUUAUGGGCUGCUCUAAAGUUGGGUGUUCUCAUCGGACCGUCCGCGGACCAUGUAAGUGGCAGUGACCGGCGGCGGAACUGUGCCCCGUCGCCGACAACUUCCGACGUAGGCUUCUGACGUCGACCGGUAGCCCAUGAUUGCCAACCGGUCUCCAAGGCAGCUCAGGGUCGGCGUCUCUCGCGUCUCGAGGACGUCCAGACUGUAUCGCCCCAGCUCUGCCAGAUGACUGCGCAUCAUGCUUGCCCCAUUCAGCACAGAAUGCAACACAGUGCCGUGAGCCGCCCAGUAGUUCCUCACGGGACUUCCUGUCCAUUUUCGGACUCAUAUGUGCUUCUCGUCCCACGCUCUUGUGAGCGCUGCAUUCUCGUUGAUUCGCUGCCAAUAGCUUAAAUGCGACGCAGGGACGUCCGCCAUCUUGCUGUGGCUGCAACUUAGUCACACAACUUAGGCCGUCGCGAAAGGAAGCGCCGAAGCAUUGAUGGUGAAGCCUUUGUCCCUCUGACUGCAGAGCGAUAACGGAUCUAAAGUACUGAGUAGCACUUCGAUUUUUACCGGUUCCCGUAGCUGUGCUUGCGCGAUACCUCGUACGAUCUGCAUUAGCACGAUUUCAACAUCGCUCACCAACAGACGACUCGAAACCGUGUGGCGAAUGCGUCGUGCCUUCUGAUCUCAGUUCUGUGUUGCCCGCCCGUGUGUUUGAGUGCAGGUCGCUGCUUCACUCGGUUGAAGCGUGAGAAUUACACGACUACGAAUUGCGGCGUAUCAGUAAAUAGUCGAUGACCUGACCUUCCAGCUUUUACAGAGGGGCGUUAUGUUAUGACGAUAGACUCACGUACUGAAGCCCCCUCCGAUUAAUCUGUGAUAAAUUUCCGCCAGUCCCGUAGCCGUGAUUUUUCUAUUUUCAAAGAGGAAUUAUUUUCUUAGCCUAUAGCAUAGCUUUCGCACGUUUCAACCAUAUUAGCAGUGUUUCUCCCCCGCAAGUCUGGCUGUAUUUUUUAUACAUGUCCCGAUUUUUAACGUUCUUAGCCAAUGUUCCUUAGAGUAAGUUAUUUUCAGAACCAUCUUAUUUUAAAUUAUUUCAUUAAAGUAUGUAUUGGCAGCCAACAUAAAUCAAAAUACAAGCUACAAUCCUGACAUCUACUUGCGCUUCAAAAAAAAUUAAUUUUGAUACGCUGCGUUAUUCCGUUCACUAUACCUGAAUUGCUCUUUUUUAAACAUUAUAUAUUACCAAAUUCCUCAACUUAUUCGCCGUUUCUAAGAUAGAUCAUAUAUGCGCUGUUGCUUCAGAAUUACUCCUGCUCAAGUACAACUUGUGUUCCACUGAAUGCGCCCGAAUUGCGUCGUUGAGUUUUUUUCGCAUACACAAAAACGACCAUCCAACGGUAUGAAUCUCACAAAUAAUGAAACCAUCUGCUGAAUAUGUGAGAGCUCUUCCAUCUUGACACGUCCGGCAAGACAAAUUUUGGGAGAGUACAUCCACUUCUCCUGUGGGACUUAACCAGUUACAAUCCUAUUUAAUUGCGAUGAUAUAAUUAGGUGAAUUAAGGCAGGCGAAAAUCGUAAAGUUACCAGAACCGUAGAAUUGGAAAAAUAUAAAUACAAGGUAAGGAGGUUCUGAAAUAAAGAGACAGUGAAGAACUGUGGCAGAGCUGUGAUCACGCGAAGUGUGUCAAAGCACACGUUCAGAGUGUGCCCCGCCAGACACCAGUCAACCUUCUCUCGUCAUCUCAAGCAACUAAGAGGCCUGUUUUCGUGGUUGUGCGAUCAACAUAAGCACACCGUUGCCACAUACACCGCUGCACUUGUCGUGAGUUAUUUAGAGAGAAUAACAGGUUUUCUUGUGCGUGGCAGGUCUGUGAGACACCAAAUUGCGUGAUCGUUGCGGUGCGGAUGGUUCAAUGAACGGUUCUGUGAUACGGCCGUCCGUUAAGUGCAGCAUAAUUUUGCUCUAUCGACUUGUUGCGACUACAUUUACGGACGGCGGAAUGAAGGAAAGCCUAUAGACAGACCAGAAACUCGCCGCACUCUGCUUUGACGAUAUUAUACUAAUACUUUGCGCACUCGAAAAAAACCAACAAGCUUUUUCUGCUAUUCCCGCCUGAAGUUAUAAAACCUACUUCGUGAUGAAAAACAAAGUGAUAUGAAGGCUUGUCAGUUACAGCGUAGCGAUGUUAGUUAACGAACCCAGUACAAAACACUUCUCACUUAUAAUAACGACGACGAGUGCCCAAAAGGCUUUUCACGGGUUUUCUUAGUAAACUGCAAGAAUUAUAAUUAAAAUUAUAACUUUGUGAUCAAUUAGAUCCCUGCAGUGAUUGGCUUCGCUUAGUCGUAAUUCCUCCCAGCCUUUGCUUCUGCUCUUUCAUGGGAAGCGUGUGCUUAUUUCUGGACUUUCGAUUAAAAGCGCUAGGCAGAUACAUGUGCGUACAACGCUGAACUUUCCUAAAGCGAGAGCUUGUGUCAUAUUUACCAUGCCGCUCACAUUGUAGAGUAAGCAACGUAGUGAGUGCAACUACUUAAUCAGUUAAAAAUACAGCCCAAGUACGCUCGGUAUAGCCGAUGCACUUUUUUAUCGUGCUUCGCUCCAAACAUUCUCCGACAAAAUAUUUGGGGUUCUUAAGGUCUUAAACAAAACAUUUGCUUUACAUCAACCAAUUUACCUAGACUUAAUAUGCUCGGCUGCUGAAUCGUUAUCGAAACAAGGCAAACUCGAGCUCGCCAAUCGUGGGACUCGGUCCAGAUGUGCUGUUUCGAUAAGCUGAAUCAUUCUGCGUGAGAAUCGACUAUUUCGUUUUCCCGCUAAACGUGUAGGAUUCACAUCCGAAUCUCAUGGAUUGCAAGUUAUUACUGGCACCAAAUCCACGGAGUGAUUAUGUUUAGCAGUUUGACAGCUUGUCGUCAUUUUGUAUGAGCUGGUGUGCAUUAUGUCGCGAGGUGCUAGAUAUCUCGGCUCAAAUCAAGAACUAGACGUCUUUCGCUCCCGCCUCUCCUCCAUGGCUUUUUUUUUCCAUGAACGUUGAGCAUAAGAAAAUCUAGAAAUCUCUAGCAUCCGUCACGUUUUAUUCGCACCCUUAGCAUGUGGUACCAUACUAAGCAUGGUUUGGCGUAACUUACGUAUUUUUUAAGUAUUGACAAAAUCUGCAUACACAGAACUCACUGAACUAUAUUCUUUCUCUUGGGAGGGUUUAGCGAGUACCGUAAUAUGAUGGAAGAUUUGCUUCCAAGAUAAGUUGCGACAUUUCUCCGUUUUAGCUCGUUUCGCGGGCAGUUUAUCAGCUAGGUCUUCGUCGUCAAGAGCAAGCAAAAUGAAGUCGGACUGGACCUCUCCACCCGGUCACGCGCUCACCUGCAUUUUUUCAUCUUUCUGAAGUUCUGAACCUCUCUGCAACAGUCGCUCUUCCUCUCAACUUAACAAUAAAUAAAGACGGCAUUUUUGAGCUAAAUCGCACUUACAUCACAAGUUUUUAUUUUAUGUUCCUUUCCAAGUGACGAACGGCGAGACUGCGUCACCUUGAUCUCUAACUGGCUCGCGAGCCGAGGCCUUCUAGUGGACGCGUCCUUGCUCGUUGCAACGGCGGCUCGCUUGUCUUUUCGAGGGCAGCUCGCCGAAGGCUGCAAGUCGCUCCUAACCAACCAGACUAACUCGUACGGCGCCCGACACGAGAAGGCGUGUGGGAAACGGAGAGAAAACAGUCUUAUUGCUUGUCAAAACUUCACUGCCCGUCACUUUCGAUGCGAGUGCUCCGAGCAACGUUUCCUGAAAUCAUCCUUUCUUUUUUUCUUGACGCUCGAAGUUCGUCUGGUGCACGCGUGUUCCUGGAACUGUCGAGUGACCGUUAAUCCAUAUAACUGUAUCGGUUUUUGGCUGAGCCUGAUCGAUGCCAUUUGUAUAUUUUGACGGACUUGUGCUGAUCAGAUCGUGGGUGCAUGCCAAGCAACCCUGAAGCAUUGAGCUCUUCUUAAGCAUAGUACAGGCCCAGCAUUGCACAGAAGGGGUUUAUAGAUAAAAAAAAAAAAAACAGAAGCACGCAAAUUAAGCGAGUGGCUUUCCUUUCAAGUCUUGAUAAUGACGGUUUAGCGGAUAAGGCUAUCGUGAGCGCUGGUGACUACGUUCGUGUAACAACGCGCGCACUCUCAUCUGUGUAGCCAAAGCAUGGUUUCAGUGAAAUUGCGCUUAAUUUCGUGCUUUCACCGCACAGGUUCCACAUAAGAAGGCACAGUGUACACUUCUAGUACAUUCAAGACGGCAAUACUCGAAGGCCGUAUUCGUCGACCAUGUCAUGGUGAUCUCAACAUCGUUGAGAUACUGUCACCUGCAAUACUGCCACAAUACUCGCAAUUCUGUCACCUGUUAGAGUGUGUAGCGCAAGCCGAGGGACCCUGUUGCAUGCUCGAAAAUCGCGUUCACUGUUAGUGGCCUAACAGCGGGCGGCUUUGUUCCCGGCGUUCUUCUGUUGUGAUUUCAGAAACUUGCAUCGCCGAGAGUGAUACCACGUAUGAUCUCAUUCUGAUGUAUCUCGAAACGAUACAAUGGUGACGAAAGAACGUGAACAAUGGAAGUGGAGCGCAAACGCGAUUUGCGACGUCUUCACCCAUUGCGCAUUCCUGACCCUUAUUUUUUGAAACGUGAAGCUUUUCACAGAAGAGGACGGCCAGAAGUGAUCUUGCUGUGCAGUUUGCGAUUCCGGUCCACUUCGGUGCUUAACAAGCUGUGCCACCGCCAUGCUGGAUAGCCGCUGCGUAGUCGACUCCGAUACAACCUGUUUCGCCGGCCCAGGAGCACCGUAAAGAUGUGACCCACGGAUAUGAGCGACGCCCAGGAAAGCCGCCGGCAGCAGCACCAACACCCCAGCCAAAGCCAAAGGGCCUGCGACACAACGACCACCGCCGCAGCAACCGCACGCCGGGCCGAUACGCACACCUCCCAGCCGGGAGAGCCCCCUGCCACCAGCUCCGGAAACCCCGAUCCGGGCCACAACAAGCCAUGGCCGCCGCGGAUCUGCGGCGUGUGCGGCGACCGCGCCAAGAGCUACCACUUCGGCGGCAUCUCGUGCGACAGCUGCAAGGCCUUCUUUCGGCGCUCGGUGCAGAACGAGGCCCAGUUCCAAUGCCCCAACCGUGGCAACUGCCGCAUCACGCUGGCGUCCCGCAAGAGCUGCCAGGCUUGCCGUUUCGCCAAGUGCCUCGCCAUCGGAAUGGAGGCCAGCUGGGUGAUGACCGAGCAGGAACGGCGGGCCAGAAUGCAGCAGCGGCUGCUCGCCAAAGGAGGGGACAGCCGACCACCGGCACCGCGGCCCCUGGAGAUGCCCCCGUCUGCCGAAGACGUGGGACUUCUCGAGGAACUUGUCCACGCUUACGUGGCCGGUUGCGCCGGCGCUCCCUUCGCUGGCAGCCUGCACCGCGAGGAAAGGUCCAGGACAGAGCUUCUCGACGUGUUCUUCACACUCGUCCACCAAAUAAGCGGAUUCGCGCAGGGACUAGACGCCUUCGCGAGGGUUCGCGAGUCGGACAGACACAUUCUCUUGAGGACCGCCGUGCUCGAACUGUGCUUCCUCCGCAGCGCGAUGAACUUCGAUGACGACGGCGACAGGUGGCCCUCCAGAGUUCACUUCGGUGACGAGGCCACUUCCGUGCCUUCUGUGCGCGCUUCCGACGUGGAACGCUUGGUUCCGGUGGAACUGUGGGCGCUGCACCGGAAGUUCCUGGUGUCCACGCGGAGGCUCAAGCCCGACCCGCUGACACUGCUUCUGCUGUCGGCGAUAGCGCUGUUGUGCCCGGACAGGGCGGGCAUCAGAGACCUGGAGACCCUUUCCCUUCAGCAAGAGCGUUACUGCGCUCUGCUACGCAGGUACGUGACGUGGCGGAAGAUGGCGCCCAUCGAGUUCGCCAAGGUUCUAAUGCGGCUUCCCGACCUGCGCGAGCUGGCGGACGCGCACGCCGACUCGGACUUACUGUUCGACGCCAAGGAAGCGGCUGACGUGCAGAGGCAUCUGUCUAACGUCAUGGUGCGCACCGUAGAGGUUCCGGCACAAGUUGGCGAAGUUACAAGUGAGUCCCGCCACCUUUCGGGGCCGCGAUGGAAGUUUCCGGGAGACCUGCAGCCGCUCAGCGCCACCGAGUCCGCCGGAGAUGAGUCGGCCGAGGAAGAAUCAGCCGAGGAAUCGUCUAGUCAGGGAUCGUCAGACCGUUCGGCACCGGGGGCCCGCAAAAGCUGACGCUCCCGGAACGAAGAUGGGGGAUUCGAAAUCAUCCAUAUCAAUGUGUAGAGACAUAAGUAGUCGAUGUCCCUCCGGAAAGCGCGAACUUCGUAGCGCUGCCUGUUGACACCGGAGGCGCCAGCUGCCGCUCCAUCAGCAUCUCAUGUCAAACCGAACGCAUAAAAAAGAUACGCAUUUG